AUGCCGAGUAACCCAUCGGAUAACCCGUCGGAUAAAAUGCCGAGUAACCCAUCGGAUAACCCGUCGGAUAAAAUGACGAGUAACCCAUCGGAUAAUCCGUCGGAUAAAAUGACGAGUAACCCAUCGGAUAACCCGUCAGAUAAAAUGCCGAGUAACCCAUCGGAUAACCCGUCAGAUAAAAUGACGAGUAACCCAUCGGAUAACCCGUCAGAUAAAAUGACGAGUAACCCAUCGGAUAACCCGUCGGAUAAAAUGACGAGUAACCCAUCGGAUAACCCGUCGGAUAAAAUGCCGAGUAACCCAUCGGAUAACCCGUCAGAUAAAAUGACGAGUAACCCAUCGGAUAACCCGUCGGAUAAAAUGCCGAGUAACCCAUCGGAUAACCCGUCGGAUAAAAUGCCGAGUAACCCAUCGGAUAACCCGUCGGAUAAAAUCCGAGUAACCCAUCGGAUAACCCGUCAGAUAAUGACGAGUAACCCAUCGGAUAACCCGUCGGAUAAAAUGGACGAGUAA